UUGCGCACACAAAAUGGCGGACAUAACUUGCCAGGCUGGUGAAGUCUCUUUUCAGCUUCGAAUCUAGCAAAAAACAACGCUGUCUGUCACUAAAUUUCUGACAAGUCGUUGUCCUAACUUCUCAGGAUGGGAAAUAGCAGCAGUACGUCGCCAGAAAGAGAAUCAGAUAGAAAUGACACACCAGUCUUGGAAAAUGCGUAUGACUCCCACCGAAGGAACAUCUGGCGUUUCCACCCAAGUUGUCAUGGCAACAACAUCUCCAUCUCCUCCGACCGUCAGACAGCCAGAAGAGCAGAGAGCUUCUGUAACGCAAUCGUCUUCAGCGACCGUCCCUUCCGCAUCCAGGAAAAGAUCAGACUGAAGUUUACGCAGACAACGGAUGGAUGGAGCGGGGUGAUCCGUUUCGGCUUCACCACGCAGGAUCCAAACAGUAUCCAGGCGUCGUCUCUACCUAGGUACGCGUGUCCUGAUCUCACAAACUUACCGGGCUACUGGGCCAAAGCCUUGCCGGAGAGAUACGCAGAAAGGAACAACAUCUUGUGCUACUACGUGAGGAGAGACGGGAGUGUGUGCUACUCGGUGAAUAAUGAGGAUAAGGGACUGUUUUUCGCUGGUGUGGACACAUCGUCCCCACUGUGGGGGCUGGUGGACGUGUAUGGGAACAGCACAGAGAUCAGGAUCAUUGAUGGAGACCAAGAAGAAGACCCUAAUGAUGCAGGUGCCAUGGCGCUGGAUCCCUCUGACAUCGCUCUUGGUCGUCUCGGCCUCCUCGACUCCAAUAAUGCUCUAGAAAACCUGACCUUGGAGUCAGAAGGCACCACGGAUGAAGUGGACGACAACUACCCCAACCUUCACCGCCUCCCUGAUAUCCUAUCCGACGUCUGGGGAAUCCCACGUGAUUCGCUACAGGAAAUGCAAUUCUCCACCACGAGCGGAGCCAACGUAAUCUUCCGGGAAAACAGAACGGUCGCCAAAAGGCGCGGGAAUGAAUUCUGCAAGGGCGUGACGUUCACAAGUCGGCCUCUUGAAGUAGAUGAGACCAUAUUUGUACAAGUGAUUGAAGUUACCCCGAGGUAUCUCGGGGGUCUGGCGUUUGGGGUGACCAGUUGUGAUCCCCAGCUUCUCAAUGCUUUUAUUGACUUGCCUGAUGACUCAGAAAGCCUCAUGGACAGGCCCGAGUACUGGGUGAUCUACAAAGACUUGUCAGUGCCAGACGAGGGAGAUCAGUUAACGUUCACGAUAAACAGUGAGGGAGAGCUACGCCACCACGUGAACGGAGUAGACAAAGGGGUAUUGAUACACGUGGAUGUUUCCCAACGACUGUGGCUAGUUUUUGACGUCUAUGGAAGUACACAAGCAAUUAGAAUAUUAGGAACAUUGUCUGGGCGGGAAGGGAACCCAUGGUCUUCUGGCUUGAGCUCUGGUCAGAGCAGUGAAAUAUCCAGAUCUGAUCCAUUCUUCCCACCCCUUCCAAUACCAACUGCUGCAGAACUGGAGGACAAUACUGACAGCUCCAGUGCCAGCGUCCCUACAACACACAACCUCCCCCCUCCCCCCAUGGUGGGCACCAGGACCACAGGAAGGAGUGACUGUACCAUCUGCUACGACCGCCCUACAGACAGCGCCGUCUACCCCUGCGGACACAUGUGUCUGUGCCAUAAAUGUGGCCAGCUCCUGAAGCGUCAGCGGGGCGGGAUGUGUCCAAUCUGUCGUGGUGCCAUCAGAGACAUCAUCAAGAUAUUCAAAGCCUGACAUUUUUGCCUAGCCUGAUUACAUGUGGCAGCCAUGUCAUUGAGGGGAGAAGCCCCAAUCAGCCCCUGACAGAGAGAUUGUGUAACACAGGCUGCUACUUUUUUUGCCAUGUUCUUGUCGUCGAGCACAUUUUCUGUAAAGGCAUCUUAUCCACAUGUCAAACUUUUCUUCGAAGAGAUGUUUUUGCCCCUUUCAAGUUGAAUUCUUUUUAUGCCACGUAUGCGCAGUUGGAAAAUGGAUUAUUGUGGUCUGACACCAAAGGAGUUUCUUCUGUGCAGUCUAAGGUACAUACACAAGCACUCAAAGAUUGAAACACCAUUAAGCUGAAAUGUUUUGAAUGAAAACAUACUGAAUAGAAAUGAUCUCAAAGAUCUCAGGUCAUGCUUCUCAGUGCUUGUGAUGUGUGUAAAAACAAAUUGUUGUAUGAACAAAAAUAAAACAACGAUUAACCAAAAAAAGGUACAGGUAUAUACAGCUACAUGUGUUUCGGGUUGUCACAUUAUAAAUUUAUUGUGUGGAAAUGAUUACUAUAAUCAAUUUCUCAAUCAUCCUUAUUGUGAAGCACAAUUGUUGGAAAUAAAUUGCAUCUACUAGUCCUAUGUUUGUACUGUAUAUCAAGGGCUGAAAUGCCAAAAUGUUGCCAUGGUAUGUGAAUAUGAAAGGUACACCCUAUCUUAUGAUACAUGUAGAUUUUGGAAAGUCCUUUUACCAAUACCAAGUCACUAAUAACAGUAUUCAGAUAGUUUGGAGGUCUGUCUAUUAUUAAUUAUCAGUCUAGAUGUCUAUCAGUAAGAAUUUUAUGAAAUGUACCUUAUGUUGUAAUUAUUAAAUUGUUGGCAUGUAAUAUGUUCAUUUUACAAUGUUCUGCCAUUUAAAUUUUCUUGUUACUCGAAAUAGGUUUGUGUCACAAUGUCAUUGAGUGUAUACUGCUUUAUUAUAUGCAUGUACCCAUGUUGUUAGGUCACACUAAUUUUUCCCAGAUUCUCAGACAUUUUUAAGUAAAAAGGUAGCAAGAGGUCAUGAUAAAAACAGAAGGACUGGGAGAAAAACUGUAAUCUGUCUAUUUUGGCUAUAACUAAGACUGUGUACCAAGAUACAGACUUCCUUAUGUCUGAGAACCAACAAAUUGAAUUGGCUUGGCCAUACUGAAAGUCUGCUACAAUGUAAACAUGACUGGAAGGUUAUGAUGUGUGCAAAUCAUUGUUUUUCUUAACAAGACAAAAGAAAUGUAGUAACUGUUUCAUUGUGUACUGUAUGAUGGUGUACAAAUUGAUUUUUGAGGUAACUAUAUUAGAACAACAAAGGUACAUGUAUGACCGUAAUUGCAAGUACUGUACGAAAGAUGCUAUGUCAAAAAAUGUCUCCAUUGUGGAAUACAAACAAUGUACGUUGAGAGCAUAUGUACACCAGAUGAACAAAACCUACAAUUAUCAUUUAUUUGAAGAAAGAACAGUUUUAGAUGAGGUAUGGUGCCUAACAAUAAUUCAAUAGGAAUUCAACUUAUUUGAUGCUCAUAAUAGGUUUUAGACUGUCAUGUGCCAUCUGGUCUAUCACAUCAGCCAAGCGUAAAUGUCUGAAGCUAGGCUACCGGUAUAUAAAAGGUAGCAGCAGACUAAAACAAUAGCACUGUUGUUUGUACACAAUGCUUGAUGCUCCCAUUGGAUAUUUUGUUUAUUCUUCUCUCAAGAGUGCACUGUACUUUGCUUUGCAAUGUUUUGUUAUAAAUUUAAUGUCUCAUCCAAGGUGAAAGGGCUAUUCUAAGAAAAAAAGGAAAACAUUUUGAAAUGAAAAGUUGAGGGGCUACUAUGUUGAGCAUUUGAUAAUAUUCAUUUAAUAAGGGAGAUGAUAUUCAAAAUGAAUGGGGCACUAUUUGGGGCACAAUGUUUUAUCUGUUCUCCUUCCCAAACUUUUCAAAUCAAGCAAUGUUACCGGGUACUGGCCAUUACAACCAUAUGUUUUUAUGCUACAAAAAAUGAAACACUCAAGCCUGAGUCAAGGUACUAGGCAACUGUUGAACUUAAGCUCUGCUUUAAUUGUUGGUAGGUAUACUCACAGCACUCUACCUGUCCACUUAAUAUUGAAACACGUCAUGUAUGAUUUUGAUAUGAACUUUGUACAAAAUACCAUGUAUUCACACAGGAACAACUAUCUUGCAUAUCAGUGAAUUGAGGCCUUUUUGUAUUAAUACCACUGUACCACGAAGGAAUACAUAUGCCAUAUUUCAGUCAAUGUCUGUGCACAAAUAGCACAGAAAUAGGACAUUGGGCUAUGUUGUAUAGAUGUAGUAAAGCUUCAGUGGUGACAUACCAUAUUUUGUUGUAAGACCUGUAACUAAAUUAUCGUGAAUUUA